GCAGAUUCUGUUACACCAAAAGAUACUCUGUCCCCAACCCCCGCACGUUCUCACACCGCUGCCCUAUCAUGUGCUUCCACGUCACCUCCCAGUGAACCGUCGUAGUCACCGCCUUGACGGUUGCCGGCCGCCGGACUCUCCGGGGAUUUCUUCAUAACGCGUUCGAGAAUCUUCUCUGCAGCUCUGCUGUCCGGAUUUGCAUUUAGAGAGAGGCGGAGGUGGAUUGGAUUCUGUUGAUCGAUUCGACUGGAUCCGGCAGGGCGGCGGCGAGAUGGGAGUUGAUUACUAUAAAGUGCUGAAGGUGCCGAAGGAUGCGAGCGAGGAGGAUUUGAAGAGAUCCUACCGGCGGCUGGCGAUGAAGUGGCAUCCGGAUAAGAACGGAGAGAACGAGAAGGAGGCGGAGGCGAAGUUCAAGCAGAUAUCCGAGGCGUACGAUGUUCUCAGCAACGCGCUCAAGAGGCGGAUCUAUGAUUUGUACGGCGAGGAGGCGCUGAAGUCCGGCCAGUUCGAUCCGGCGUCGCCGACUUUCGCCGCUCGCGCUGGAGGAGCGGGGAAGGGGUUCGAGUAUAAUCCGCGCGAUGCCGAUGAGAUUUUCGCCGAGUUUUUCGGCGAGCCGCAGGGAGGGUAUAGAGGGAGUCCUAUUGGCGGUAGCUGUAGAGGGGAGAGAGGAACGCCGCGCAAGGCGGCUCCGGUGGAAAACAAGCUGCCGUGUAGCUUGGAGGAGCUGUACAAAGGCUCCAAAAGGACGAUGCAGAUUUCAAGGAUCGAUCUUGAUGACUCCGGCAAGCCUGUGACUGUUGAGGAGGUGUUGGCAAUACAUAUUAAACCCGGCUGGAAGAAAGGCACGAAAAUCACUUUCCCUGAAAAAGGGGACUACGCUCCUCUUUCAGCCCCUGGGGAUCUCAUUUUCGUCGUGGAGGAAAAGCCUCAUGCUGUGUUCAGGAGGGAUGGGAAUGAUCUCGUCGUCCACCACAGAAUCUCCUUAGUCGAUGCUCUCACAGGGAGUACUAUCAGCAUCACGACGUUGGAUGGAAGAGUUCUAACGGUGCCAAUAACCGACAUCAUCAAGCCCGGGCACGAGCAAGUCAUCCCAAAUGAAGGGAUGCCGAUAUCAAAAGAACCAGGUAAGAAAGGGAACUUGAGGGUCAAGUUUGAUAUCAAAUUCCCUUCGCGGCUAAGACCAGAUCAAAAAUCUGAAUUGAGGAGGGUACUGGGGUAGACCAGGUGAAUAAUAAUAAGAACCACACCCAAUUGCCACCUUUAGCCUUGGUUAUUUGCUAACAAAGAUAGGGGAAGUGCUAUAUUUAUGUAAAUACCUGACCUUUAUCGUAGCGAGGAUAUAUAAUUGUCCAUACCACUAGGAACCAAUGUCUAGACGCUCUUAGGCAGGGACUAAUAGAGAUCUUGCCGGAGACCGGAGUUUGUAGGAGCAAAGACUGAAGGUUUUCCUUUAUUAAGUGUAGCUUGGCUUCCUACUCUUGCUGCCAUUACUUAAUUAUUAUCAUGUGAGUUGUCAAAGUUAGAUGUAGUGUUUGUUUUGGGCAGAGGUAGAUUGUGGUUUCCAAUUGUGAACAUCUUUGUACUGGGAUCAUCUGGGAUGCAAAUAAGAUUCAUUUGGUUUCUUGACAAUGGAUCAAUCUUUUCUUGAUACUCACAUGCUCCCAGAAGUAUGGGUUUCAG